CCACACAGUUACAUCACAUGUGUGGCGUUUGCUGUUUGGUUGCCUACCUACUGUACAAUACUUCCCUGCUGUGCAGCAUGAAAUUUGGUGCUGCAGGAGACAAAAGUGGCGCCAAUUAAGGUUAACCAUUCUUUAUUUCCUAUUUUAAAUAUUUUUUGUUGUUUUUUGGGUAUCAUUAUCACUAUCAUCUCUUUUCAGUGGAACAUGCUAUUAACCACAUUUGAAUGCAUUUUACCCAGCCAUAGGACGAAAACCACCAGUCCAUCAACCAUCCGUGCCAUGGUUCCGCCGGGCACAGAAUAUGCUGCAGCAACACUCUGGUCCUGCAUGCCGGCCUAGAAUGGGCAGAGCCAUCAGCCAGGCGGCUUACGAAGUGUUCAGCACAGAUCUAUGCUGCACGGACCUGAACAGCCCUCAGACCUUGAACCUGAACUAUGCUCAACUGAUGCCCGUAUGAAUUUGACACUUAUGCAACAAUUUGAUGAAAGAUGCUACUCAAUCUUGAGUCCUGACAGUUUAUGACAGAAGGAUUGAUCCCAAAGACCAUGCUAUUGAAUACUCAUUUUCAAGCAUUUGACCUGACCUUGACCUGACCUGACCCAUGAUACAAACAAUUUUAAGCACUUAGGUAUUGCUAUCUGUAAGAAUCUUGGGUAUUGCAAGUGUCUUGUCGGUUGUUACUGGCCUUUAUUUGCCACCUGCUUGCCUUGUGCUGCUGGCUGCUGCAGUUACCUAUUGUUUCUUGAGUUAUUGGCUGGGGGUGUUAAAUACCCCUCCACUGCCCCAGCAAGUGAUGGCUGGCGACUGAUGGAAUACUGUGGCAACUGACAGGUUGAUGUAGUGUAAGUGAAGGGGAUUAUCAUUAUGUAACUAACUUUGCAUUUGAACCAUUUCUGAUCUUGACAGACUGCCACCACCAGUUUGCAGACUGCCGAGGCACUCACCAUGGCGUCUGCCGCGGUGCACGUCUCUCUGCCGGCCUUCUCCCGGCUGUGUGUGCUCUGUAACAAGUGUGCGCCGGCGCCGCGACCCACCCGCGGGCUGCGAGCCGUCCUCUCUGACGCCGCCACGCUGUCGGAGCUGGAGCACCGGCUGGUCGGGCUCGACUCGGAACUCCCUCUGGUCAGCGGUAUCUGCAGCAGCUGCCGGCGCCGACUGCGGCGCUGCCAACGGCUGAUGACGCGGUUCGCCGCCGCUGCUGACGCCGUGGCCGCCGACUACCGGAGGGCGGCGGAGGCGCGGAGCGGCUGUAAAGUCCUGCUGCGCCGCGGCAGACGCCGCUCCGAGACCUCGUACGCAGCCUGUUGUCGGCUGACUGCCGGCGGCGGAGAUCCUGCUGACCUGGUGCGCCGUCUGGUGACGGACCAGUUCGGACUGGAGGCGCUGCGAGGCAGGAUAGUCAUCAGUACCAGUGUGCCUCCGCCAUCGUCCGGGGAAACCGCCGCUAACAGCGAUAACUGCGGCGACGGCUCGGAUCUCAGCGAAACAGAGAGCUGUAGCUCUGAGUCGGAGGACCGGCAGACGGGAAGGGAGUCACAGAGGACAUCUUACCUUACGGCUGACGAGGUUCGGGAGACAACAGCGGACCGUCGGGAUGUCGGUAAAGCAGCGAGCGCGGCUCCAAUGUUUCCAGCCGUCACGAGCGGCGCUCCUAUUGGCUCAGACAUCUGCGAGCCCUCCGCUGGUCGACCUAUCUAUCCGAAUAUCGCCACUCCUACUGCAGCAGCGGAGAACGGUCAUGACGAACAGGAGGACAGGGAAAAAGAGGUCAGUCUUGUACAGGAUGAUGUACACAAGGACGACCAUAUACAGGAGGACAAUGAGCAAGAGGACGACCACUUAGCGGAGGACGGCCAAGAUACCAACUCGGACCCAGACUGGCCUGGCUGGCGAACCAUUAGACGUGCCGCCGCGCCGGCCAGCGCUGUGGUGCACCCCCAGACAGGGGACGCCCGAUGGGAUCAGUUACGGGUGGCGGGGAAGACCCGGCGUUCUCUCUGCUGCCACAUGUGCCGUCAGACGUUCGGGUCUGAACGCAGUCUCAAGGCGCACGUCGAAAAGCUGCAUAAGGUCGCAAGCGCCGCCCCGCCGGAGCAGCCGGUCCAGGUGUGGUGUCCCGCAUGCACGGCGCUCCUGCCGCCGGAUGACGUCCUCAGUCACGUGACGGAGCGGCACGGCGGCCGACUCGAGUGCGGCUGCUGCCGUCUGACACUGGCUGGAGCGACGGAGGCGGCCGGUCACUGCGCCGAGCGACACACCGCCAACUACAUGUGUAUCGUGUGUCUGCAAAUGUACAGCGAUCAGGAGCAGCUCAUCAGCCACAUGAACUCCAGUCACGAACCUCUGUCGUCCUCCGACGGACCCGCGCCGUCCUCCGCCUCCAGUCCCGACUCUGCCGACCCAGUGGCGGCCGUGUACGCGGACCUGUUGCGCCGGCUGCGGAGUCGCGCGCGCCGGCUGCGUCUCAGUCUGCUGGGCCGCACGGCCGUGCGGUGCCCCUACUGCGCCCAGACGUGCUCCCUGCACUAUCUGCGGACUCACCUGUACAAACACCGAGCGGCCGGGUUCCGAUGCCGCGUGUGUGACAAGCGGUUUAAGUUUCCCGUGUCGUUUCAGAAGCACCUGCUGGUGCACGCCGGUCGGGCCGACAAGUGCCCGCAGUGUGCGGCCGUGUUCAGCAGUCGCAGUAACCUGCUCAGCCACCUGCGCACGCACAGCUCCGAGCGCCAGUUCAGCUGUGACCGCUGCCAGAAGCGGUUCAAGUUCAAACAGACUCGCGACGCGCACGUUCUGCGCGCACACGGUGGCGGCUCGUCCAAGGUGUGUGACGUAUGUGGCGCGGAAUUUCGGCUCCAGUACCAGCUGACUGUCCACCUGGCGCGGCACGUCAACGGGCGCACCAUCCGCUGUCCUCUCUGCCCACGACUCUACGAGCUCAACCUCGACCUGAAGCGCCACCUGUACAGCAAACACAAGCUGCGGGCGGCAGAGGCCGAGCGACGGUUUCCCGAGAUCCGGCGGCGGCCAAACACGACCCUGGAGCCGGGCGCCGGCCGGACCGAUCCCGCAGCUGACCCUGACGAGCCAUGUAGAGCCACCGGCGACUAUCGGGUCCCUGAUGACCCUACUCAAGUCUCCGACGGCCCCUGCGAAGAGCCCCAGCAAACAAUGCCGCCAUCCGCAGGCUCUGACUACCCCGCCGCGGCCGCCGUCUCGGAAGCAGUAGCGACCAACGAAUAUCUAUCUACCGCCGGCCCGCCGCCCGCCCCGGACGGCGCCCUGGCGGGGGCGGGGGCGGGGGCGGCUCAGGUGGAGGUGGGGCGGCUCAUCACCGUGCCGCCCGAGCUGCUGGCGGGGGCGGGGGCGCCGGGCGCCGGCCAGGUGCUACUGCUGGUGGAUGGAGGGGGUGGUGUUUUGACACGGGAUGUUCUGCCGGCCUCGCCUGCAGUGUUGUGCCUCUGAAGCUGGGAGAGGCCAGAAUAUCCUGACCAGCAACCUUUACCAGCUCCUGGCUGCUGAUUCAUAUCAGACCGCCUGCCAGCCUAUGCCAUCCUGAGCUGACGCCUUCUCCUGCAGGCCUGGCCGGGAUCAGCCCUCUG